GUGCCGGAGGCCGAUGUCCCCCGCAGCCUCACUUGCGAGCUCGUCGGCCACGCCUUCACCGACGUCCUCCAGCCAGGAAUGCAAGUGACCCUGGGGGGCGUUUUGCUGCCGGUGCAGCAGCACAGCAGCCAGCUGCUGCGGCUGGGUUUGGUGCAGCAGCAGCAGUUUGCUGUCAGCAGCAUCCAGUUCCCAAAGGCCCCAUUUGCUGCUGCUGCUGCAGCAGCAGCAGCAGGAGGCGCCCCCGCAGCAGCAGCAGCGGGGAGCCGGGAAGAGCGGGAGCUGCAGCAGCAGCUGCAGCAGCUGCUGCAGCAGCAGGGCCUCUACGAAACCCUUGCUGCUGCUGUGUCUCCUUCUGUCUUUGGACUUUUAGAUGUCAAGAAAGCUUUGCUGCUGCAGCAAAUCGGCGGAGUCCCCCGCAGGAAGCAAGACGGGGGCAGCAUCCGCGGAGACAUCCAUUUGCUGCUGCUGGGAGACCCCGGGCUGGCCAAGUCCCAGCUGCUGAAGCAAGCAGCAGCAGCAGCAGCAAGAGCUGUUUAUGCUGCAGCAAGCAGCAGCAGCAGCAGCGGACUCACUGCUGCUGUUCUCAGAGACCCCAAAACCAAGGAGACAGUCCUCGAGGGCGGGGCCUUGGUGCUGGCCGACAAGGGACUUUGCUGCAUUGAUGAGUUUGACAAAGUUGGUUUUAUUUAUUAA